CGGGUGGGUGUGAGUUGGGGCAGGAAGUGAUUCUGUUGUGUGGGGACUGAAUGGUGAGAGCAUGUGAGGUGCUGCGGACGGGGAGCCUCUAUCGCCAUGACUGACCACUGCUGCUGACACUGGAACAGCCGGGAGGAGAUCUAUAGAAUAAGUCACGUGCCGAGGAAUAUGGCUAAAGAGCUCCGGGGGCAGUAUGAACCCGUUGCAGAAAUUGGCGUCGGAGCCUAUGGAACCGUGUAUAAGGCCCGGGACUUACAGAGUGGGAAGUUUGUAGCCCUUAAAAACGUGCGCGUUCAGACCAACGAGAAUGGUCUCCCCCUGUCUACGGUCAGGGAAGUAGCGCUGCUGAAACGCCUGGAGCACUUCGACCAUCCGAAUAUUGUCAAGCUAAUGGAUGUUUGCGCUUCUGCCCGGACUGACAGAGAAACAAAAGUCACCUUAGUUUUUGAGCACGUGGACCAAGACCUAAAGACUUAUUUGAAUAAAGUUCCUCCUCCUGGCUUGCCUCUUGAAACCAUUAAGAACCUAAUGAGGCAGUUCCUCUCUGGCCUAGAAUUCCUCCAUUUGAACUGUAUUGUGCACCGCGACCUGAAGCCAGAAAAUAUCCUGGUGACCAGCUGUGGACAGGUUAAGCUAGCCGAUUUUGGCCUUGCGCGGAUUUACAGCUGUCAGAUGGCACUAACCCCUGUGGUAGUGACCCUGUGGUAUCGAGCUCCUGAGGUGUUACUCCAGUCCACAUAUGCCACACCAGUAGACAUCUGGAGUGUGGGAUGCAUCUUUGCAGAGAUGUUCAGGCGGAAGCCUCUGUUUUGUGGGAAUUCAGAAGCUGACCAGCUGUGCAAAAUUUUUGAUAUGAUCGGUCUCCCCUCUGAAGAAGAAUGGCCAGAAGACGUCACUUUGCCACGAUCAGCCUUCUCCCCAAGGAGUCAGCAGCCAGUAGAGAAGUUUAUUCCUGAAAUCGAUGCCGCGGGGGCUCAGCUUCUGUUAGAUAUGUUAACCUUUAACCCCCUGAGACGCAUAUCUGCAUCGCAGGCUCUACACCACGCCUUCUUCUCCGAGGACCUCGAGGCCUGCUCCACACCAGAACCAUUCCUGCGUGCGCGAGCCACAGCAGAUGAAGUGAAAUGAAUCGUUGGUGGAUUCUAGACACAUCUGCCUUUUUAUUUUUAGAGUCCCAAUAGAAGAUCGUUGAUUGUUUUUUAUCAUGACACUAAGCUAGCCCAGUUGUAUGCAACCCAUAUGCCAUUAAGUAUUGGUCUGAUGACAGAUGGUUCAAUGCAAAGCCUGACCGUGUAUCACUAUGAGGACGACUGCUUAGAAGAGAUGAGUUUUCUAUUUAUCACUUUUUUUUACGUCAUAAGCUCUUUUAUGGCACUGUUGACAUGUAUUCACCAGAUCCUUAAUUUAGGCUGUGACAAUGUGCCCAGUUUUGAGCCACAGAUAAAAAAAAAAACACCUUUUAUAUCCAGUGAAGACAUUUUACAUAGUUGUUUUCCAGACAUUUCUUAGUAUUUAUUCCAGGCUCUUUUUCUGCUUUUUAAACAUUAGUUUUUGUAAGUGAUUCAAAGACAGACUCUCACCAGCUGUGUGCGAACAGAGGGACCAGAUGGGACAUUGGAUCUGCUGGCCGAGGUAGCCACGCCUGUCCAGCUGUUGUGCAAAUCACCUGCCAUCGGGACAGGCUGGAACUUCUAGUCUCACAACAGCUGACGUGUUCACAUUGCCUUCUUCUUUGGCUCAUGUUGUACUACUAUUAAAGACUGACUUGUAAUGAUCACCUAUUUCCAUAAACUGUGCAAAUCUAAAAGAUGUCUGUCUGUGGGUGAGACAUGCCUUAAUGUAGAUUUUACCUGUGAGAUUUUUUUAUUAGUUAUGUUAUAUGUGUGGCGCGUCCACACUUUUACAAUAUUUUUUUUUUUUUUUAUUAUCAUGCCAGAUCCUUAGCAUCGGUAAUCGGGGUCUGACACCUGGGACCCCUGCCGAUCAGCUGUUGAAAAGGCACCAGCGUUCACAAUAGCACCACAGCCUUCUCCAGCUUUGCCUAGGCCAUGUGAUGCAGAGCGCCUCUGUCUUAUCAAAACUGAUGACCUAUCUCCUGGAGAACCCCUUUAAAGGAGUUGUUUGAGAUAAUGAAAAAUCUUGGACAAGCCCCUCAAUGGUCUAAAAUAAAUAAUAAAAAAAGGGUAUACUUUCCUUUUUUUCCUAGGGUGUUGGUUCUGAUGCUUGUUUACAAAUGGCAGCGAUUACGUUCCAGUAUAUGCCACCUGACCACUGCAGCCAAUCCCUGUACGCAGGAGAAUAAACACUAAGCUUUUAUUUUAGACCAUUUGAGGUUUUUAAUUAUGUCUGGUAACCCUUUUUUCAGACUUUGAAAAUGUCGCUACAAAAAGUGUUUGAAGCAUUGUUUUUGGGGAGGAAAGAAAGCGUGUGAAACCACCCUCAUACAGAUAAAAGCAGGACUUGUUCUUACCCCAACAUAUUGAUAUAAAAGCAAUAAUGAACAGUGAGGGCAUGACAGUACGGCAUAUAGGUGAAGGUUGUACUCUGCUGCAGGUUGGGUGUCAUCGUGGCUUCUCAAAAUACAAUCCCUAGGAAUUAAAUUGUAUGUGGUCAUGUGUGUAUUUGGAACAGAUUUGUUGGCUUCCAAAAUGUGCACAGUUCUGAAUUAUUGCAAAAUUAAGUCUGUGCAGACUGAGUUAUAAAUCGGGAAGAUGCCAUUGGCCGAAUGGAACGCUAUGGAUAUAUUUAAAGGGCAUCUGUCAGCAGAUUUGCACCUAUGACACUGGCUGACCUGUUACACGUGCACUUGGCAGCUGAAGUCAUCUGUGUUGAUGCCGUGUUCAUGUGUCCACAUUUCUGAGAAAAAUUAUGUUUUAUUAUAUGCAAAUAAACCUCUAGGAGCAAUUGGGGCAUUGCCAUUAAACCUAGAAUCUCCGCUCUUUGCAAUGGCUGUGCCCCUUUCACUGUGAGAGGGCCGGGCAAUGUAAACAUCCUGCCCUGUCAAAGUGCAGAGGGCUUGGUGGUUGCAGAGAGAGCAGAGCCUCUAGGUGUGACGGCAGUGCAUCAGUUAUGCACAUUUGGCAUCUAAUUUCUGGGAUAUGUUUUUUUUUAAGAUGGGGGGGGAUAUAAAAUCUAAUGGAUCAGAAGAAUGGAAAAUGAAAUGGUAAUGUGUUCUCUCACUUA